UAGUCCAGACUGCCUCAACCAGCCCUUCCCACAAACAUUCCUCGCGUCUCGCUGUAGAACGGUGCGCACAUUUAAAAAAACUACAGCCCCCAUAAUGCGGCUUUGCAAGCAACCUAUGCGCGUGCAGGUAAAGCUGGGAAGACGCAAGGGAUAAUUUUAUUUUUGCUGUUUAUAUAUAGUUUGUAUGGGAGAAAGGUCUUUGACGUUCUAGAAAAGAGCGGAGCUCUUCUGUGUCGCCAUAGUUUUUUUUAAAGGAGAGAGGGCUACAUAAGCUGCUGCACGUACCUACUUACGAAUUGGUGGCGUUUUGUUUUGUUUUGUUUUUUUAAAAAAAAUUGGGGUUUGGAGAACGGUGCAAACUAGAAAACAUUUUUAUUAUCGGAGCUAGAUUUUUCUUGCCGUCCUCUUCCUUUUUAGCCGGCAGAGGGAAAGAUCCUGGGAAAUAGUUUGGUUUUUUUAAAAAAAUCAUUAUUUUAUUUUUAAAAUAUCCCUAAAGUUGUUGAGUAUAAUAUUAUAUGCUGAACCUUCUACCAGGCAAAGAGUCUGCGGGUAUAUAGGUAGGAGCUGUUGAUCUGACCAUUGCUUUCUAAUGAUGAUGAGGAAUGAUUUGCCCGUGGGAUUUGCUGGAAUCCCCGGGGCAGGAAGCAUUUUAAGAAGCAGCGAGCCUGUGUCGCUGUCUCCAGUGGUAUCCCAGGCAGCUUCCUUACUGGAGGAAGCUGCAGAUCUGCUUGUGAUGCACUUAGACUUCGCUGCUGCUGUGGACAGGUGUGAGAAGGGCUGUGAAAGCCUCCUGGGUGAUCCUGAGAAUGAAGAUGCUGACAGCGCUGGAGAACUGAAGUGCUCCUUAUGCAUUGUGGGUAUCCAGGCCCUGGCAGAGAUGAACCGAUGGAGAGAUGUCCUUCCUUGGAUACUUCAAUACUAUCAAGAUCCAGAAUCUUUGCCUCCCAAGAUUCUGGAGCUGUGUUUCCUUCUACAUAGCAAAGUGAAAGAACCUUACGUGAUGCUGGAAGUUGGUGGUGACUGGCUGAGGAAUGCAAACAAUCAGCACUUGCCUAGUUACGGCCUGUUAGUUCAGCUCCAUCUGUCCCACGUGCUGUUACCCCUCGGGCACUUUGCAGAGGCAGAUAAACUGCUCCAAGGCUGCAAGGUGUUGAGCAAGGAGCAGCGGGCGGAGGCCCUUGGGAACAUUCGGGAGAAGAAGCAACAGUGGUUGCAGAAGGAGAAGGAGCAGCCAAUCCCUGAGGAGCAGCCCAAAGUGGCAUGGAAGAGACGGAUGGGCCCGAUGUCCCAAAAGGUGUUGACCAUCUUGGCUCGGCUGGGCAGAAUGCUGGGAUCCUUAGCAAGCCAGUUCUGCGCCGUUCCCUACAAAAAGACUCUCUUGGCUGCUUUCCUGUUGUGUCUCCUUGUCAUGAAACUUGACCCAGCAUCUCCCACUUCCCUGCCCUUCAUCUACAGGUUAACUCAACUUUUCCAUCAAGCCCAGUCAGCUGCAUUUGCUCCACACUUCAAGCCUCCAGUUCAAGACUAAAUGCCUCUCCUCUCUCCUAUUGUGAAACAGUGAUCCAUUGGAGAACCAAUGGAGAGCCACCAAAUACUUGCAGGCCACUUAAGGUGACCCUGUGGCUGUGGCGGGGAAGAGAGGGGCACAGUGCCAUGGGAGCAUCUUCUAGAAUGAAGAAUCUGGUUUGCUGACAGCGGCAGCUGAAAACCCAUCUCUGCAGAUUUUUCUUCCAAACGCACCCCUUGAAGAAUGGAUGCAAAUACACACUGGCUCAUAUUCUUCCCACUGGAGUCUGUGUUUAAAGUUUCACUCCUGACAAUCACUUAUUUAAUAGAGUACCUUCUGUUUAGAUCAGUGGAACUUACCUUCAAGUGAAUACAUUUGAGUGAAGUGUUCGAAACCUCCCCUACGUAUCGUUCUGCCGGUGAUACGACACUGUCUUCCAAAAGAGACAUUGAAUGCCCUCUCUCCAGGAGUGACUGUUGCUGGAUAUAUGCUUUCCCCCCCUAGUGUACAGCUGUCAGUUGGCUACCAGAGCGGAAGAUGCUCUCUCUCUUGAUAACCAUAAGUCUGUUCCUGCCACCAAAAGCUGGGUAGGAGGAGCAUUCAACCAGGCUCGAAGCUGCGCUUCUGAGGACCGGUUGUGUGUUGGCAAAAAUCGAGGCAGGAGGGCGGGGAAGUGGUUGUGUGCUGGCUGCGAUCUGGAUAGGAUGACACCAGCCAACUAACAUCAUUGACCCGGCUCUGUAUCAAGGGUGGAGGAAAAAGAUGCCCUGCACCGUCCUACCUAGAUGGCAGCUAGUGGUACACGGUCGCUUCCCCGUCCUGCUGCCUCGAUUUUUGCCAGUAUGUGAUUGGUUCUCGGGAGUACAUUCAGAACCUGGUACCUGGCUGGAUGCUCCUCCUGCCAGCUUUUGGUCGUGACAAUGGACCCCAUGAGUAAUUCUGCUCAUGGAGACAGAAAAUAACACUUGGUGGGGGGGAGUGGUGAACUAGUGGAGAAUUUUUUUCCUUUGCUUUGGUGGUGUGGCUCCCGCAGUACAUCAAGAACAGUAUGGUGCUGUCAGUCACCCUUUUGUUUCUGCUGCCUUUUGGAUUGCCUGGUCACCUGGCGUUUCUUUCAGAGCUCCUAUGCCCCCGGCAACCGUGUACGGCAACCAGGGAUUCCAGCAGCUGCUCCUUUUCAUAGCGUGGCCACGGAAGCCCUGAGUCGAGCUUAGAUCACUUGAUUUUCUGUUUGUCUCGCACAGAUCUUCAGGGCAGAGAAGUCUUGCCAGGAAGAAAAGAUGGCAACACCAGUAGGCAUGUGCAAAUCAAUAGCAUCUAGACCACCUAGCAAAGUGGCCUUUAUCUGAUGCAAUGCUUUAGCAGCAUGCUUGCUGCUUUAAAAAACAAAAGACUUGAUAGGAUUUUCCAUUUGUGGGCAGCUUACAAAUAUGUUAUGAUUUUUAAAUGGACUUUUUAAAGCAGUCACUUGCCCCCCCCAUUUAAUGUAAAUUUAGUUUAAAAAAAAGAAAAAAGUUUUCAAAUGUGAA